AUGGCUUCUAUCGGCUUAUUUGAAGCAUUUUUAUCUCUUUUCCCCUUUCUUAUCUUCUAUUACUUCCUCAACAAGAAACAUUUUGGUUACUUGCACAUCAAACAAACCCUUCAAAGCUACCAUUGGAACUGGCCUGUUCUUGGGAUGCUUCCAGCUGUGCCCGUGUGGCUCAAUCGGAUAGAUGAUCUCAUCUGGGUCAUUGAGAAGAACAAUUUGACAUUUCUAUUCAAGGGUCCAUGGUUCACUAGAAUGGAUAUGUUGUUCACGGUUGAUCCGGCUAAUAUACAUCAUAUGUUGAGCUCAAAUUUCUCCAACUACAUCAAAGGACCUGAGUUCAAAGAGAUAGUAGAUGUUUUUGGAGACGCAAUGUUCAACACCGAAGCAGAGCUAUGGAGGAAUCUAAGGAUGUCUACUCAGGUCAUCCUCAGUCGUCAAAGUUUUCAAAACUUUUCAAUGAGUGUCACAACAAGUAAAAUCAAGGACGUGCUUCUUCCUCUUCUCAGUCGCUUUUCAGAGGAAGGGACAAUCGUGGACUUGCAGGAUGUGUUCCGGAGAUUCAUGUUCAAUACCACAGUAGUUACAACUGUCGGAUCUGAUCCUCAAUCUCUCUCCACUGAGAUGCCAGAGUAUGAGCUCGCAAAAGCCCUCGAAAAUGCUGGGGAAGUCAUUGUGAUUAGGCAUUUGAUACCAAGACUCGUGUGGAAGUUUCAAAGAUGGAUGAGACUCGGUCAAGAGAAGAAGUUGAUAGAAGCGGGUGCAACUUUUGAUCGAGUAUGUGCCAAAUAUAUAUUAGCAAAGAGAGAAGAGAUAAGAUCACAAGAGAUUGAUCAUCAUCAUGAUCAUUCAGAUGAAGAAAGUGAAGAUCUAUUAACGUAUUUCAUAAAGCUAGAUACAAGCAAGUACGAGCUCCUGAAACCAAGCGAUGAUAAGUUCCUUAGAGACACCAUUUUAGCUAGCAUUGUGGCAAUGAGGGAUACCACUUCCACUGCUCUCACUUGGUUUUUCUGGCUCAUCUCAAAAAACCCUCACGUGGAAGCCAAGAUUAGAGCUCUAGCCAAGAUUCGCCAAGAGAUCAACACAAAUCUACCAAAAGCCGAAAGUAAUCAAGAGAGGUCAUGGUUGGCUAUCGAUCGCAAAGAAUAUUUGAACAAGUUAGUGUAUCUCCAUGGGGCCUUGUAUGAAACAAUGAGGCUUUAUCCACCAAUUCCGUUUGAGCGCAGCUCUCCAAUACAAUCAGAUGUACUUCCAAGUGGACAUAAAAUCGAGGCAAACUUUACUAUUAUCAUCCCAAUCUAUUUGAUGGGGAGGAUGAAAUCCAUAUGGGGAGAAGACGCGUUGGAAUUUAAGCCAGAGAGAUGGAUUUCAGAGACCGGAGACUUGAGACAUGAGCCUUCUUCCAAGUUCUUUGCAUUUAACUCCGGUCCAAGAAUUUGCCCUGGUAAGCAUUUAGCUAUGCUUGCAAUGAAGAAUGUAGUGGUGGAGAUAUUACAGAACUAUGACAUUAAGGUCGUCAAAGAACACAAGAUUGAGCCAAAGCCUCGUCUUGUUCUUCACAUGAAACAUGGGCUUAGAGUCACCCUUACUAAGAGAUGUUCAGCUUGAAAUGUUAAUGUUA